CGCCGCCGGGGUGCGGGCUGGCGUGCGGGAGAGAUUCGGGGCGCGAGCGCGGGCGGUGCCGGCAACUGCAGGUGACAAAGGCGCAACGAGGGCCGCCGCAGCCCUGUGAAGGACCUCUGGAGUGGUAAUCUGCUGCAAACAUGUAGUCCUUACUAUGUGCAAGGUAGCGCUUCCCACUUCUCCACAGCACUCUGUAAGUGAGCAACUAUUCGCUUUACAGAUGAGGAAAUUGAGGCACAGAGAUUAACCAAUUGGAACCAGAUAAUACUGUAAGUGAUUGAACCAGCAUUCAAAGUUGAACAGUCUGGCUACAGAGUCUACAUUUGGAACCACUAUACUACAUUGGUGCUUCAAGUUCCAAAAGAUGAGUCGUGAAUAUUCAGAGAACAACAAUUUCCUGAACAAUAACAACCAAAUGGUGUUGGACAUGAUUCUUUAUCCAUUAAUUGGCAUCCCUCAGACCAUCAACUGGGAAAGUGUGGCAAGGCUUGUGCCUGGAUUAACACCCAAAGAGUGUGCAAAACGGUUUGAUGAGCUGAAAAGCAGUGGAACCUCACCUGUUGACAACCAGUAUAAUCCCCUCAUGGCUGCUGGAGAGAGUCCUGUUGAAACAUUAGCCACAUACAUCAAAUCCUCUCUUUUGGAUACACAGGGAGAUGUUCAGGAGACUGCAGUUGAUCAGGAUGCUGUGUCUAAGUCAGGAAGACAUAGUAUAGCUUCCACAAGGAAUUGUUCUUCAGAAAGUGAAAAUUGUACUACUCAUAAUGGUGGAGAAAAGACUGAAGAAUCUGAAGGGCCAAACAUGGUGAUCCAUGUAUGUGAUGAAGCAAAAAACUUAAAAGAAGAUUUUAUUUGCCCACGAGAUCUUUUGAUAUCAGAAAUGAAGUACUUUGCUGAAUAUUUAUCAAUGGAUGCCCAGCGCUGGGAAGAGGUGGACAUUUCAGUUCAUUGUGACGUUCACAUUUUCAACUGGUUGAUAAAAUACGUUAAAAGGAACACUGAGGAGAAUAAAGAUUGUGAGAUGCCCACUUUAGAGCCAGGAAAUGUCAUUUCAAUUCUUAUAUCUUCAGAGUUUUUGAAAAUGGAUUCAUUGGUUGAACAAUGCAUUGAAUAUUGCCACAAAAAUAUGAAUGCUAUAGUAGCUACCCCAUGCAACAUGAACUGUAUUAAUGCAAAUCUUCUUACACGUAUAGCAGAUCUGUUCACACACAAUGAAAUUGAUGAUUUAAAGGACAAAAAAGAUAAGUUUAGGAGUAAACUUUUUUGUAAGAAGAUUGAAAGAUUAUUUGACACUGAGUACUUGAAUCCAGAUUCGCGGAGUAAUGCAGCGACUUUAUAUAGAUGCUGUUUGUGUAAGAAACUUUUAACAAAAGAAACAGAAAGAAGAAUUCCUUGCAUUCCUGGAAAAAUCAAUGUGGAUCGACAUGGAAAUAUCAUCUAUAUUCACAUAAGAGAUAAGACUUGGGAUGUUCAUGAGUAUUUGAAUAGUCUUUUUGAAGAAUUAAAAUCUUGGAGAGAUGUAUAUUGGCGCUUGUGGGGAACAGUCAACUGGCUGACUUGUUCACGAUGUUGUCAGGAUUUCCUCUGUAUUGAGUUCUCACAUUGUCAGUACCACUCAGAAACAGUGGUUUACCCUACGGCUGCAAGUUCGCUGAGCACAGUGGGCACUGGAAUUUAUCCCUGCUGUAACCAAAAGGUUCUUCGGUUUGACCCUACUCAGCUUACAAAGGGCUGUAAAGUGAGGGACCACGUAGUUGCUCUUCGAGAUCAAGGUGAAAGUGGGGAUUUGCCGCCCUGUCUGACUGCUAGAAUACUGGAUGAUCUGCACGAGCACAAAGAUGUCAUUGUGGUGCCUUUUUCUAAAGAUACAGUUAGUGAUCCUGCAGUUGGCCCCUGUGAUGAAAAGGGUUUAGAAUGUGAUGUUCUGCUGGAGCCAAGUACACCAUGGGGCCCCAAAACUGGGGAGCUCAACGCUUUCUUGUCACUGAAAAACUGGACUCUGCAACUGAAACAACAGUCAUUAUUUUCAGAAGAAGAAGAAUAUACCACUGGAUCUGAGGUCACUGAAGAUGAAGUUGGUGAUGAAGAAGAAGUAACCAAGAAACAAAGGAAAAAGGAGAAGCCAAAGAAGUUCAGCAAACAACCAAAAAAACAAAUAUCUUCACCUUGUACUCAAAAGAAGGAAAAGGCAUCAGAGAAGUCAUCUAGAGAUGCGUCUCCUUUUGUUGUGAGUAUGCAGAAGAAUAAGUGGGAUGCCUCAAGAUCCUUGAGAUUCAACCAGGAUGCACAAAGAGAAGAUGAUCAGCGACGGAUGUCUGAAAUUACAGGGCACUUAAUAAAAAUGAGGUUGGGUGAUCUGGACCGAGUCAAGUCAAAGGAAACAAAAGAGUUUGCGGGAGGUAUUUAUUCCAGGCUCGAAGCACAAAUCAAGGCCUCAGUACCAGUCAGUGCACGGCAAAGCAGCUCAGAGAAGAGCACAAGGUCCAGAAGUCGUUUUGGUCAAGGACGUCCAGCAUAAAGCACCUUGAGACGACAGAGGCAUACUCCUAGACAUCUGACACUGCUCCCUUCUUGAAUAUCUUCAGAACAAUGACUUCUAGAUGUUUUUAAGUUAUUUAUUAAUAAUUAUUCUUACAAGUCAUGCAAAUCAUAAUACUAAGAGAAAUAGUUAAAUUUUAUGAAAAUUGAAUUGUAAAUAUGAUACUUCUUAAAUUUGAUUUUCUUUUAGUAUGAUUCUAGACUAUAUAGGAAACAACUAUUUAUAAAUUUACAUAGUUAAGACUCCUAACAUUUGUUAUCCUUUAUUUAUUUCCAGGAAAAGAGGCCUAAACUAAGUGUUUGUGAAACCUUUAUAAAUUAGGGAACACAGCUGGUAGUGUGUGCACUGUUUGUAGUGUGUCUUUGGGGCUGUCAGUCUUGGGAUAGCUUUGAGACCUGCACUUUGUAGGAUGAAAUAUCCAAGGAUGCUAAGUUUGCAUGAAUAUUAAGGAGUGAUAGAUCUUAAAACUGCAUUAAAGUUGCAAGGGUUAGGUAUUUCAGUACUAUGUUGGACAGAAGAGUUAAUUUUACAAUGUCCAAUUUUUAUUCGUUUAGUUUUUCAUGUUUGUUUAUAUUGAUCAUCUGAGCUGGAUUAUUAUCUUUCUUCUGUGAUUAGUGCCAUUCUGAAUUUGUUAAAGUAACUGUUGAUAGUUUCAAGUAAAUCUUUUCAUUCAUAUGAGACACUCACCAUACAGUUCUCAGGGCUCUUAAGACCCAACAGUAUUUCUAUAGCCAUCCAAAUAGCCCUUCAAGCAGUUAUGAUUGCUAGUUACUUUAGCGAUGUCUAAAAAAAUUCCCCAAUACAUUAAAUGGGUAAAAAAAUUGCAUAUAUUCAAGAAGAAUCAAAAUGAAAUUCUAUUUUCUAGAUCAUGUUUUAAUUUUUCUAACCAAGCAGAAAAAGUGCUCAGGGAAAAUUUUUUUCCAAAUCACAAGCAUAUAAUAAAUUGCAUGUUUGGAAUUUACUUGUGUAGGUCUCUGAAAAACUUUAAGAUGCACUGUUUCUAUUUUUAAGUUUUCAUUUACGUCAUAAUUGAAAUUUCUUAAAAUGAUCCAGAGAAAAUGCUUUGAUAAUGUGUGGCAAUUUCUGUUGCAACAUUGAAACAUUACACUCAGUUUACAUGUACAGAAAUCAUUUCUUUCAAUGAGUAUUUUAGUUGAUAAAUGAAGCUGAAUGUUAUAUGUAUGGCUUUGCCAAGGUUUUUGAGCUUCUGUUUGGAAAUUUUGUUCCAGUUUGUUUGCUUCGGUUGUUUGAUGCUUUGGAAAUAGAUUAUACUGUUUUUAUUUUCAGAAGAAAAUGUUUUGUAGUAUAUUAUAUGUAAGCCCUGUAAAGUGCCACGUGUUGUUUCAGUUCACUGUUUCUCUAAGAAUUCAGGUCUGUACAUGUAACAGUGCUGGGAUGGUCACAACUAGAAGAGGAAAAUAUGCUCUUUUGAUUUAUAACUGUUGAUAAAAAGGCAAAUUGCCUCUCCCCUGGGGGGUGCUGUACCACUGAAUGGAGUUUUACAAACUAGAACUUACAAAUUCUGAUUCUUUUCAGAAUGUGCGUUUUAUUUUUAUUUCUGUCUGUCUGCAACACAUUGCACAGGUCCCACAUAUAUUUCUCGCAAACUCUUUAUAGCAUUUAUUUUGCUAAAUACUUUGAGGUUUUACCUUACAUUCGUUCUGAAUUCACAUUUCUUUAGUUGAAAUAAAUGUUGUUGACAAAAUUGUUGGGAAAGUCCUUGAACAGAAUCAUUCCAUCUUCUCAGAAGACGUCUGGUUGGCUCUCGAUUCUGCAAGUUUGUAUGGAAAAGUGGCUGCAUUACAAGAUGAAACCUCCAAGAUUGCUUCAUUAGGCUGUUCUGGUAAAAAGUCAGCAGGAUGUUUCAGGUAAAAUGCAGCAGAAUAAAAGUAAUCAGAUAACAGCUGAUGCACACGGCACC